AUGGCGACCUCGGGCGACAAGCGGCUGUACCCCCACCUCGCAACGACUCACGAGGAGGUGCCCAGGCACGUCCAGCCCGAUACGUCCCGCGAUGCCGAGUUGGCCCGCCAGCUCCAGAACGACGAGGGCGGCCACGUGAUGGCCGUAGCACAGCCUGUCGAGCCGAUCGAGAUGCCAUACAAGUGCGGCAACUGUGGCAUGACCCAUGUCGUACGCAAUGUGGCGCACGGCUCGGUGUUCUACUGCACAGCAUGCGGCGCGCAGAAUCAGAUCCUCUUGGAACAUCGUCGCCCGACGGUCGUCGUCAGCGACCACGCGUAUGGCUUUGUGCCGAUCCCGCUCUUUUGCAGCGUCAUGUAG